AAGUUUCUACAGGAAUUUCGAACAAAAUAAGAAACGAAAAGAGAAACAGAAAGAAAAAGAAAAUUCAAAAUAAAACAAAACUAGCAAUCAAAACAUGGCCCAAAGAACUGUAACAUUUGCUCGAAAUUGUUGUUGUUGCAUUUUUAUAAUUCUAUUCGUUCAACAUGUGACACCAAGUUUGGCCACCGAUGUCGCCGAAUCCAAUGUGGCAGAAAACACAACUUUAACAGAAAAUAAUGAAACAGAGGGGCAGCCAAUUGCAGAGGCCCUGGUGCGUUAUCGCCGCCAUCCACCUCGCACUAUUAUCAAACAUAUCAUAAGACCAAAACGCAUAAAGGUCAAAAGGAUAAAAAGGCCUAAAAUCAAGUAUCAUUUUGCUGAGCCGCCACCCACGAAGCACUAUCGCAAGUCAAAACCUACACUCUACAGUUAUACACCCAGUCUGGAGUCGUCUUUAUUCGAAGGCUUUUCUCAUGUCAAUGUGGAGUCGACGAAUUUUGAUUUGCCUCCUUCUAGCUAUGAGGCACAAAGUAUGGAUUUGGAUUUGUAUAAAACCUAUGAAUCGCCCUCCUCGGACGACAGCUAUCAUAUUGAGAGUGAUAAACCUACAUUUAGCUACACGGCGCCAGAAAUUUCCUAUAGUGAACCUUCCUAUAGCUCUACGAAGGGUGAGAGAAAGCCACACUCCAAGUAUGGAGUGCCCAAGGAUGUUUCCUUUAGCACGGGCUAUGACAAACCCUCCUCGGGCAGCAGCUAUUCCUACCAUGACAAUGAAGAAAUUCUAGUUGAUAAACCAUAUAAAAGCUCUCAUGGUGGAGGAUAUUCCUAUCAAGCCCCAACUCAUUCGCAUGAGUCCUUUAAGAAUUUUGAACAUUCUUCAAGUUAUGAAACAUCCCAUGAUGUAGGAGGAUAUCAGGAGGAACACCCACCACAGUCUUAUGAGGAAGUACAUCCUCAGGAAAUAAAGGAAAAACCCACUUCCUUCUAUUCUGGGGGAAGUGGCAGUCAUGAAUUCUCCUAUCAGCCGGAGGAGCAUUCUCAUUCCUCAUAUUCCAGCAGCAGCAGUAGUGAGGGGCAUGGAAGCUUUCAUGGCCAAGCAUAUCUACCACCUUCACAGGAAUCUACCAAGGCCCAGGAGAUUGGUUUUUCUUCUUAUUCCAGCAGCAGUGGAGGGCAUGGAGGCUCUCUUGGCUAUUCAUAUGAAGCACCCGCCCAUAAACCUGCCAUUGCCGAGGGAGGACAUGAAAGUGGCCCAGGCUAUUCAUAUCAUCCACCUGCUCAUGAAUCCUCUAAGCCCAUCGCCAGACCUUCUUCUUAUUCCAGCAACAGUGGAGGACAUGGAGGCUCUCUUGGCUAUUCAUAUGAACCACCUGUCCAUAAACCUGCCAUUGCCGAGGGAGGACAUGAAAGUGGCCCAGGCUAUUCAUAUCAUGCACCUGCCCAUGAAUCCUCUAAGCCCAUUACAAGACCUUCAUCCUCAUAUACCGAACCGGCCAAAGUGGAGCAUAAUUCUUACGCUGCUACACCUCAGCAGCAUUCAAAACAUCCACGCAUACCGGCCACCAAAUAUGGAGUUCCAGAUUUACAUUUGCCUGUGGCUAAUUUUGGAGAUGGUGACUAUAACAAAUACUCGCUGGUGGAGCAAAAGGCUCCUCCCACUUCGUUUAGCAGUAAAAAACAUCACUUUGCUGAACCCCCCGAGCCGCAUAAGCCAACGGUGGAAAUAACAUUUUCGCCUUCAUAUGAAAUAAAAUUGCCACCCUCAGGUGAUGGGGGACAUUAUCAACAUGAAGAGCCACCACAAGAAUAUGAUCAUAAUCAUUCGCCACCCUCUGGGUAUCAUCAUCAACAGGAGAGCUCGGACACUCAUCAGCCAGCCAAGUAUGAGCCCGCCCCAGCACAAGAUUUACCCAUAGAACCGAAUCACAAGCAUCCCAACUAUGAUUUUCCGAAGACUAGUUAUGAGGUACCCAUCUAUGAUCCCAUACCCUUCGAUUCAUCAAACAAUCAGGAACAGGAAAUCUAUCCACCUCAGCCCUUUGAGAAUGUGGCCUGGCAAGAGAAUUCCCAAAUGGACUAUACAGCCGAACCAAAUAAUGUGGCGCCCCAAAAGCCGCAGAUAACAGAGGACACGCGGUACAACGAACCUGAUGAAAUGCCUCAUGGGGAUGUGCAUUCCUCGGGUACCAGAUUUCAGGGGCACUCUGCCACUGCCACUCUACCUCAAAGAGUACGCAAACGAAAGCGGAAUAAAGGUACCACAGCCGCCACCACCUCCAAAGUCUCCACCAAACACAUUCUAGAUGUACCCGAAUUGACUGAGGCCUUUGAAAGAGAUAAACAUAAAUACGAGAACACGAACACCGAUGCAGAUAUUAAUGAGUCUCAUAAGGUGGUAAAAGUCAAUCAUGGACCCUGGAAUCCCUUGAGAAUAAGGACUCCGGCUGCCACCACAACCACAACACCAACCACUACAUUGUCCUUAGAUCAAACACCAACGAAAAAUAUUCGCAUUCGUUAUCAAGGCAGAACACGUCCUAGUUCAACAACUGUCACCACUGAAGCACCAUCGCCCCAGCAAUCUAAUCACAUACCACAUGUGGAAAUUGUUUCCAUAGAAAAAUCACGAUCGAAAUCCUACUAUGAUGGUAUUUUGUCCACACCCAAGAUUUACAAUCCAAAUUUGUACAGGAAUCGUUACAAAACCACCAAGCAGCAGUCAGGCUCCACGGCUCAGCCACCAUCGUCAUCGCAGGUGAAUGUUUCGGCUUCACCAUCAUCAAAUACGGAAAAGUUUUCGAAGCGUACCACCAAAAAUAUAUUCGAUACGACCGUCUUCAAAAGUCCCCUCACCGAUAGGGGUGUUCACCAGAACUUGCCCAAAAAUCAUAAAUUAUUUUGAAAA